CGCUCUACAUGUGCACGUUUCGGGCUUGUUUAAGAUUAUUUGUAUACAUGAGCGUCUCGAUACAGAGUAACCGGCCGGAGCGAGUGUGUUUAAUGUUAUUCUGACUGUAUGAGCGUAACUGAAGGAAGGACUUCUGUGUGUUAUAAGAUUAAAAGGUGCAGAAAUCAAACCUGCUGCUGCGUGAAUCUACUCGGAGAGACAGGCUGUAUUGUGUCAUUUGGAGAAAAACCAGAGGCUCCGUGCCAGGGAAAGGUUUUAUCAGUUGUUGAAGCUACUUCCUAGAGCCCCAUUUAAAGGCUCUAUUGAAGACCACCCUGAUGGAACACAAUUUCUCAUUCACUCAGUCAGUCUUGUAUAUACAUGAGAUGAUGCAUACAACUUUUGAGGUGUCUGAUCAAAGCGUUCACUGACCCAAGACGUAGGUGAAGAGACGGGUAUCAACGACAACCAUCUGAAAAACAGGAAGGAGAUGGAACCAUCAAAUCGUACCGGUGUACCUCACACACUGGUGUGUGGUUGAUAUCUGCGUAGAGAAUAACCCGUUGUUUCUGUUGAACAACCCCUCAACCUUGCCCCGUUGUGUUCUGCCAUUCAACCAUGGGACAUAUCCUGGAUUUACCUUUACCUGGAGCAGCUGUAUGCUUUCGAGGGAUGUGGCUCUUUGGUUUGCUCCUGGUCUGGUCCGUGUUCACCACCAGCCUUGGCAUCCACAUGGACUUGGUGGGCAGCCACAGUACGUUCACCUGUGAGGCGAUAGGCCUGCGAAUGUGCCAGGAUCUGCCCUACAAUACCACCUUCAUGCCCAACCUUCUGAACCAUUAUGACCAGCAGACCGCCGCUCUGGCCAUGGAGCCCUUCCACCCCAUGGUGAACCUGCAGUGCUCUCCAGACCUCAGGCCCUUCCUGUGCGCCCUGUACACUCCUGUAUGUAUGGAAUACGGCCAUGUGACGCUGCCCUGCCGGAGCCUCUGUACCCAUGCCAAGAGAGACUGUCAGAAGCUCAUGGACAUGUUCGGAGUCACCUGGCCAGAGGAGAUGGAGUGCAGCAGGUUCCCAGACUGCGAUGAGUCGUACCCUCGCGCUGAGGAUUUGCUCGUGAAUGAAGAGCCCACCGACCAAUCGCCCAUGUCAGUGCAGCGCGACUACGGUUUCUGGUGCCCCCGUGAGCUCAAAGUCGAACCCGAGCUCGGCUACACCUUCCUAGGUGUGCACGACUGCUCUGCUCCCUGCCCCAACAUGUACUUCCGGCGCGAGGAGCUCACCUUCGCCCGCUAUUUCAUUGGGGUCGUUUCCAUCUUUUGCCUCUCCGCCACACUCUUCACCUUUCUCACCUUCCUCAUCGACGUCACACGCUUCCGCUACCCCGAGCGGCCCAUCAUCUUCUACGCCAUCUGCUACAUGAUGGUGUCGCUGGUCUUCUUCUUAGGUUUCUUGCUGGAAGACCGUGUUGCUUGUAACGCAGCCAACGCUGCUCAGUUCAAAACCUCAACGGUGACUCAAGGCUCGCAUAACAAGGCCUGUACGUUGCUUUUUAUGGUCCUCUACUUCUUCACCAUGGCAGGUAGCGUUUGGUGGGUCAUUCUCACCAUCACCUGGUUCCUAGCAGCAGUGCCCAAAUGGGGAAGUGAAGCUAUUGAGAAGAAGGCGCUGCUCUUCCAUGCCAGCGCGUGGGGAAUACCUGGCAUGCUAACAAUAACCCUGCUGGCUUUGAAUAAAAUCGAGGGGGAUAACAUUAGCGGCGUGUGUUUUGUGGGACUGUAUGAUGUUCACACUCUUCGCUGGUUCGUGUUGGCACCGCUGUGUUUGGAUGUUCUGGUCGGCGUGUCGUUGCUUCUCACAGGGAUUGUGGCACUCAACAGAGUCCGAAUGGAGAUUCCGUUGGAGAAGGAGAAUCAAGACAAGCUGGUGAAAUUUAUGAUCCGGAUCGGAGUGUUCUCAGUGCUGUACCUGGUGCCGCUGCUCACCGUUGUUGGGUGUUACCUGUAUGAACAGACCUACCGCUCAAUCUGGGAAACUACCUGGGUGCAGGAGCGCUGUAGAGAGUACCACAUCCCCUGCCCUUUCAAGGUGGAGCAAACCAGUCGACCUGACCUGGUCCUCUUUCUGAUGAAGUAUCUCAUGGUGCUUGUGGUUGGGAUCCCAUCUGUGUUCUGGGUGGGCAGUAAGAAGACCUGUUUCGAGUGGGCCAGUUUCUUCCAUGGCCGCAGGCGUAAAGACAGCGGUGCAGUCAAUGAAAGCCGUCAGGUUCUUCAAGAGCCAGACUUCGCUCAGUCUUUGCUGCGUGACCCCAACACACCUAUUGUCCGGAAGUCUCGUGGUACCUCCACCCAGGGUACAUCUACCCAUGCCUCAUCCACACACCUGGCUAUGUUGGAUGAUGUGCACAGUAAAGCCAGCAGCAUCCACAGCAAGAUGAGCAGCUAUCAUGGUAGCCUCAACCGUUCGAGGGACGGCAGGUACACACCCUCUAGUCAUAGAGGCUUGGAGGAACGCCCGGCUUACGGGAGCAUGCCGCGACUCAAUGAGCAGCUGUCCCAUCACGGAAGCCUUCAUCGACUCGACAGCCAAUCACGACACAGCAGUGUGCAAGACUUGAGCAAUACCCCACCCACUAACAUCGCACAUGGAUCCAGUAUGAACUGUGUGGUGGAGGAGGACGGUGCCAGCGCGUAAC